UUCAACAGAUAAUAUGUUCUGUUGAUAAUGAAUAUGUCAAAAGCGAUUAGAUGGCGGUUAGACUAACACGUUUAAAAGGCAAAUCCUAAAAUAUAUAAAAUAAUUGAAGAAAUAUCCAAAACUACGUAGUACGUAAUAUAAUUAUAAUUAAGAUGGCUACGUCAAACACUCUGCGGCUCUUAGCUGUUAAAUUAGGUUUGGCUAACGAAGUAAAAGUUCUGAGCAAAGCUGCAGAAUUUGAACGCUUACUUCAAAUUAAAUCUACUCCAGGGAAUAACUUUUCAGACACAAGUAAAAUUGUAAUACUUCUAGAUUUGGCAGCUUCUUUGCUUGGUACUAAUUUUGAUCAAAAAACUGCUGUUAAGUAUUCAGGGUUAAAGGGACCAAGCUAUAGAAAUACUAGAAAGGUGAUUGAGAAUUUACUUGAGUUGGACAAUGAAAAGCUAUCAAUAUCCACACUGUGCUUGAACCUACAGUGUACCGGAGUACAAGAUCUUGCUGAAAGUAUCAUGAAAGAAUAUGAAACAAGCUCUAAAGUGGUAUUGGAUUUGACAUUACCCCAUUAUGUUUGUAUGGCAGUAUACCAGGCUUGUAGAAUCAAUAGAGUAAAGAUAACAAAAUCUAAAAUAAUAGAAAAAUCCAGAUUAAAACCUGGGCAAUGGAGUGAGUUGGAUGCAGAGUGGACUAAAAUUGUGGAUGAAAAGUUUCUUGUUGUUAAAAAAAGGGGACGGCCACCCAAAGUUGUUAUUGAAAAUGAAAAUGAAAUGGAAAUAGAUUCAAGUCCUAUAAAAGAGACAACGGAAACAAAAAUAGAACCUUAUGAGGAUUGGAAGCGAAGAAUGUUAGAACAAGCUUACAAGGAGUUGAGAGAGUUACAGAAUCAAAAGAGAAUAGGUAAAAACAGGGUUAGUUUUAAUGAAGACAUGCUACCCCGAAGAUCUUCAAGAAUGACACCACAAAAAUCAUCAGGAAUGACACCACAAAAAUCAUCAGGAAUGACACCACUAAAAUCGCCAUCUAAACAAAGAACUCCGCAAAAGUUUUCGCCAUACAAAAGUCCGGAGAAAGCUAGGCUAAGACUGAAUUUUCCAAAAAUUUGAAAAGUAAUUAAGGAUAAUUGCCAGCUAAGAAAUGCGACAUUGAGACUUAAAACUUUAAUAUUUAAAAACUAAAUAAAUAAGCAAAAACUUCUGUAUUAAUAAUAAUAUUGUGUUUUUUAUAUUUAAGUAUUUUAA